CAAACGAGGAGCUCUUACUCCAAGUUGAUCCUAAGUGGGGUCACAGUUUUUCGCCAUUACCAAUGUGGAAAUGGACGUGGCUUUGAAGCAAGAGCGAAAAAAUAAAAGGUGAAUAUUUGGAUAGGAUUUUUGACAACCAUCAUUGUCAUCAAUGAUCAACAACAAACAUUCAUCAUUUUUAUCGUCGUUUCUUUAAGCAAAAGUUGGGGUAAAACAAAUGCCAAAACCUCUGUCCACUGAUACACAAACCCUUCUUUCUUCCUACGAAUUACAGUCGCGUCUUGUGUUUUACAAGGUCAAUGGAUGGAGUUGGGGACGUAAUGGAGCGGGACCCAUUGAAGCAAAUCUUGAAUCGAGUGAUGGGCUCUACUUUUACUCAACACCCAGAUGGUUUUUUCCCUCUCUCUCUCGAAAUUUUUACGUGAAAGCAAGGAAAACAGGAUAGUCUCUCGCUUGGGGUGUUCUUUGCGCUUUAUAAGGAGCUUCACGGAGAAAUUCCAGGACUACUCCAACUCGGGCUUGCGAGUUUGAACUCAUCGUGUGACUUGAAUUUCAUCUACUUUUGAUAAAUUCCAUGAUUGUAAUGGGCUCUCGUAAAGUUUCAUACUAUCUUCUUCUGCUAUGCUUUGGUAUUGUGGUUGUAUCUGUUAGUACAUUCUUUGCCAUUGGAGAUGACACUGUCCAGCCCGUUCGACUCAAUGUCAAUGCUUCAGAUGCAACACGGCAGAUUCCUGAAACACUUUUUGGAAUUUUUUUUGAGGAAAUUAAUCAUGCAGGGGCUGGUGGAAUUUGGGCAGAACUUGUGAGCAACAGAGGAUUUGAAGCUGGGGGUCCAAAUACUCCAUCAAAUAUUAGUCCUUGGUCAAUCAUAGGAGAUGAGUCAACUAUAAGUGUAUCAACAGAUCGUUCAUCCUGCUUUGAUCGGAAUAAGGUGGCUCUUCGUAUGGAUGUUCUGUGUGACAAUGGAGGUACCAACAGCUGUCCAACUGGAGGAGUUGGUAUCUACAACCCUGGAUUCUGGGGCAUGAAUAUUGAACAAGGGAAGGCAUACAAAGUGACUCUUUUUGUUCGAUCCCUUGGAAAAAUUGAUUUGUCCGUUUCACUCACAGAUUCAAGUGGGCUGAAAAAGUUGGCAACAACAUCCAUAAUAUCUGGUGACGUGUCAAACUGGACAAAGAUGGAGGUUUUAUUGAAUGCCACAGAAACUAAUCACAAUUCACGUCUUCAGUUGACAACGUUGAAAAAAGGUGUAAUAUGGUUUGACCAAGUCUCCGCCAUGCCUGUAGAAACAUAUAAGGGUCAUGGUUUCCGAAAUGAUCUAGUCCAAAUGAUGGCUGAUUUGGAACCACGAUUUAUUAGAUUUCCAGGUGGAUGCUUUGUUGAAGGUGAAUGGUUAAGAAAUGCAUUUCGUUGGAAAGAAACCAUUGGACCAUGGGAACAGAGACCUGGACACUUUGGUGAUGUUUGGAUGUACUGGACUGAUGAUGGACUUGGCUAUUUUGAAUUUCUCCAACUGGCAGAAGAUCUUGGUGCUGCGCCAGUUUGGGUGUUCAAUAAUGGAAUCAGCCACCAAGAUCAGGUAGAUACAUCCGAUAUCUCACCAUUUGUACAGGAAGCCCUUGACAGUAUUGAGUUUGCAAGAGGAGAUUCUAGUUCUACUUGGGGCUCCAUCCGGGCUUCAAUGGGACAUCCAGAACCUUUUGACUUAAAGUACAUUGCCCUGGGGAAUGAGGACUGUGGCAAAAAGAACUACAGAGGAAAUUAUAUCAAGAUCUACAAUGCUAUAAAACGUGUCUAUCCUGACAUAGAAAUUAUUUCUAACUGUGAUGGGUCUUCCGUGAAGUUGGAUCACCCAGCUGAUUACUAUGACUUUCAUAUAUAUACCUCCGCCAACCAAAUGUUUUCAAUGGCUCAUAAGUUUGAUAAAACAUCCCGUAGUGGUCCCAAGGCUUUUGUGAGCGAGUAUGCUGUGACAGGAUCAGAUGCUGGCACAGGCAGUCUCCUCGCGGCCAUCGCUGAAGCUGCAUUUCUCAUUGGCCUAGAGAAGAACAGUGACAUAGUUUCAAUGGCAAGCUAUGCACCACUUUUCGUGAAUACUAAUGACAGAAGGUGGAAUCCAGAUGCUAUUGUCUUCAACUCGUCGCACUUUUACGGAACGCCUAGCUAUUGGGUGCAACGUUUCUUCACUGUGUCAAGUGGAGCAACUCUUCUUGAUACGGCACUGGAUGCUAAUUCUGCUUCUUCCCUAAUCGCUUCUGCCAUUAUAUGGAAAAAUGCUGAAGAUGACAAUUACUAUCUUAGAAUAAAGAUUGUUAACUUUGGAAGCAAACAAGUGAGUCUCAAGAUAUCUGUAAAUGGUUUGAAUGCAUACUCCAUUCGGAAAACCGGGUCAUCUCAGACUGUACUUACAUCUGUUAAUUUGAUGGAUGAAAAUUCCUUGAAUAACCCAAAGAAGGUGUUUCCCGUCGAAGUUCCACUUAACUCUGCCGGCAAAAACAUGGACGCGGUAGCCCCCCCACAUUCUGUAACUUCAAUUGACUUGUUAAUGGAAUCUAGCAGUAUUAGGAUGCCUGGAAGCCAUCAUUCCUCAGCAUCUGCUAUCUGAAAUGGGAUAUGAAGCUGAUAAGCAACACAGUGAAUGCAUAUAAUAUAUGUCUGGCAAUCUUUCAACAUUUGAUAGGUUGAGAGGUAUAUGUUACUUUCCAUACCGUUUGCUUCCAAGUGAAAUAAACAUAUAAUACCUCCCAACGUACAGCUCCUGGGAGGAUCGUUCUCGUUGAUAUCACUUGUAAAUAAACACACUAAUUGCAUAAUGGAAUGGUUUACAUCGUUUGAUAUUUGAUUUA